AAUGUUAGCACCAUUUUACACUCCAAACACUUAGAAUAUGCUUAAAUUCAUUUUUAGAACAAGCAAAGAAUAGAAUUUAUACUUUUAUUGAGUACACUGAAAACUUGAUGCUUGCCAAAGGAGUUUUCUGGCUAUAAAAUGGGAUGUUCUCUUUGAGUUUAUUAUUCAAUUCAUACCCAAAUAGAAACUAAAACCCAGGAAAAAAAAAUUUUUUUUUCUUGCCCACACAAAAUGUCUAUAGAGUCGUUAGCUUUUAAUGUUACUGAGAAAUUCCUAGAAAAGCUAGCAUCCCAUGCCUACCAAGAGAUAAGUUUUGCAUGGGGCUUGCAAGGGGAACUCAAAAAGCUCGAGGAUAUUUUGUUGACUGUGAAAGCUGUGCUAUUGGAUGCUGAGGAGAAGCAAGUGGAUAAUCAUCAGCUGCGAGUGUGGCUGAUUAAGCUUAAAGAUGCUCUCUAUGAUGCUGAGGAUGUACUUGAUGAUUUUGAAUGUGAAACUCAAAGAAAGCGAGUGCUUAAAUUGUAUGGAACCACCAUUAAAAAGGUGGGUCGCUUUUUUUCAUCCUCUAAUCCACUUGUAUUCCGUUUUAAAAUGGUUCAUAAAAUAAAACAAAUAAGGGAGAAAUUAGAUGAAAUUGCAUCUCAUAAGACUAACUUUCAUCUCAAUGAACGAGACGAAGGUAGGCGUGUUAUGUAUAGGCAAAGAGCGAUGACCUACUCCUUUAUAAAUGUGUCUGAUGUUAUAGGAAGAGAUGAGGAUAAAGAAAAUAUCAUUAAACUUUUGCAAGGCUCUAGUGAUGGUGGACAAAUCUCUAUUAUUCCGAUUGUCGGAAUUGGAGGUAUGGGGAAGACUGCACUCUCUAAAUUAGUUUAUAAUGAUGAACGAGUGCAAAAUCAUUUUCAACUUAAGAUGUGGGUUUGUGUAUCAGAAGAUUUUGACAUUCAAAAAUUGACCAAGGAAAUUAUUAAAUGUACAAACAGUGCAGAAAACUUAAGUGAAAAGGGAAUGGAACAAUUGCAAAGUAUCUUGCGAGAACGAAUUCGUGAUAAGAAAUACUUGCUCAUUUUAGAUGAUGUGUGGAAUGAUGAUCCUAUGAAAUGGGAUCCAUUGAAAGAGCUUUUGUGUGUGGGUGCCAAUGGAAGCAAAAUCGUGGUUACUACACGUAGUAAGAAAGUAGCCUCCAUUAUGGGCACCAUUUCAGAACCAUAUGAGUUAUCAGGUCUUCCGCAUGAUAAAUGCGUGGCUUUGUUUACUAGAUGUGCAUUUAAAGAAGGUGAAGAGAAGCACUAUCCAAACUUGUUAAAAAUUGGGGAUGAAAUUGUGAAAAAAUGCAAAGGAGUUCCCUUCGCAGUGAAGACAUUAGCAUCACUUCUUUUAACAAAUAAAGAGGAAAGUUAUUGGAUAUUUGUAAGAGAUACCGAGUUGUGGAAAAUAGAGCAAAAGAAAAAUGACAAAAUUUUACCUGCUUUGAAAUUAAGUUAUGAAUAAUUGCCUGCUUAUUUAA